AUGGAUGAACAAUAUAACAGAGUAAAUGUUCUACCACGCAGUGACACUUUUCUGAUAUACGUUAUCGGAUGCCCAGGAUCGGGAAAGGGAACAUUGUGUAAGCUCUUGGCACAAUACUAUCGCUGUCACCAUAUCUCAGUUGGUGAUCUGCUACGAGAUUUGCAAAAUGAACAAAGUCUUGCUAUCAAAGACUAUAUACAAGAGGGUGAACUAUUACGCAAACCAGAUCUUGUCCUUUAUUUUUGCUGCGGAAAGGAAAUUGCCCUGCACCGAUAUCUGACCAGAAAGCUGGAAGGAAGACUUGACGAUAACGAGGAAAUCUUUCAUCGCCGGUACGAAGAGUUUGAACGGUUGAACCCGGCUAUAGUGGAUUAUUAUCGAGAUCUCGGGAUAUUGCUUGUUGUGUGUUCAGAAUCUUUUGAGCGGCGAGAAAAUGCUGAUAGUAUUCUAGAUUGA